AGCUCUGCGCCACGACCCCAGGGGUGCGGCCGGCAACGACUUAGUGGGGACCCUACGCUGGCUACCUUGCUUCUCAGUCUCUGCUCUGCUAGGGUCUCUUCCGGAAAUGGGUGGGCCAGGGUGACGUGGGGGACAUCCAAACCUUUUUCUUUCCUCCGGGAGCUAACCGCGCCGGGCAGCCAGCCGCAGAGCAGUGAGCGGCGGGAGUGCGCGCCGCGGGGCUUGGCAGGUUCGUGGGCCGCGACGAGGGCUGCAGGCCGUGCUCGGCUCGUCUGCCCGAGACUGCAGGAGCCAUUAUUGGAUGUCCUUUGACUGAGAGAUCAGGUUUUUAACUUUAUUAUUAUGCCUUUGGAGAUGGAGUCCAAAAUGAGCAAACUGGCUUUCGGUUGUCAGAGAAGUUCCACCUCAGAUGACGAUUCUGGCUGUGCACUGGAGGAGUAUGCCUGGGUGCCCCCAGGCCUCAGACCAGAGCAGAUCCAGCUCUAUUUUGCGUGCUUGCCAGAGGAAAAGGUUCCUUAUGUUAACAGCCCUGGAGAGAAACAUCGGAUUAAACAGCUUUUGUACCAGUUGCCACCACAUGAUAAUGAGGUGCGGUACUGCCAAUCUUUGAGUGAAGAGGAGAAAAAAGAAUUGCAGGUGUUCAGUGCUCAGCGGAAGAAAGAAGCACUUGGAAGAGGAACGAUUAAGCUUUUGUCCAGAGCAGUGAUGCAUGCCGUAUGUGAGCAGUGUGGGUUGAAGAUAAACGGAGGGGAAGUUGCAGUGUUUGCCUCCCGUGCGGGCCCUGGAGUGUGCUGGCACCCAUCCUGCUUUGUCUGCUUCACGUGUAAUGAGCUGCUGGUCGACCUCAUCUAUUUUUAUCAGGAUGGAAAAAUUCACUGUGGCAGGCACCAUGCGGAGCUACUCAAACCACGGUGCUCAGCAUGUGAUGAGAUCAUUUUUGCUGAUGAGUGCACAGAAGCAGAGGGUCGCCAUUGGCACAUGAAGCACUUCUGCUGCCUCGAGUGUGAAACGAUCCUGGGAGGACAGAGGUACAUCAUGAAGGAUGGCCGCCCCUUCUGCUGUGGCUGUUUUGAGUCUCUCUAUGCAGAGUACUGUGAAACCUGCGGGGAACAUAUUGGUGUUGACCAUGCGCAGAUGACCUAUGAUGGGCAGCACUGGCAUGCCACAGAAGCAUGCUUUUCCUGUGCCCAGUGUAAGGCCUCUCUGUUGGGAUGCCCCUUCCUUCCCAAACAAGGUCAGAUUUAUUGCUCAAAAACCUGCAGCCUCGGUGAAGAUGUCCAUGCUUCUGAUUCUUCUGACUCUGCGUUCCAAUCAGCCCGAUCGAGAGACUCCAGAAGAAGUGUCCGAAUGGGUAAAAGCAGUCGGUCAGCGGAUCAGUGCAGACAGUCUCUCCUCUUGUCCCCUGCUCUGAACUACAAGUUCCCUGGUCUUUCCGGCAAUGCUGAUGAUACCCUUUCCCGGAAGCUAGAUGAUCUGAGUCUCUCCAGGCAAGGAGCAAAUUUUGCCAAUGAAGAAUUUUGGAAAGGGAGAGUAGAGCAUGAAACCCCUGAAGACCCUGAAGAAUGGGCUGAGCAUGAAGAUUACAUGACCCAGCUCCUCCUCAAGUUUGGUGAUAAAAGCCUCUUUCAGCAGCAACCCAGUGAGAUGGAUAUUAGAGCCAGUGAGCACUGGAUAUCUGAUAACAUGGUGAAAAACAAGACCGAGUUAAAGACUCAGAAUCAUCAGAGUCUUGCCAGUAAAAAAUACCAGUCUGAUAUGUAUUGGGCCCAGUCACAAGAUGGACUGGGCGAUUCUGCUUAUGGUAGCCACCCAGGCCCUGCAAGCAGUAGGAGGCUCCAGGAACUGGACCUGGACCACGGUGCUUCAGGAUAUAAUCAUGACCAAACGCAGUGGUAUGAAGAUUCCCUGGAGUGUUUGUCAGACUUGAAACCAGAGCAAAGUGUUCGGGAUUCUAUGGAUUCUUUGGCUUUGUCUAAUAUCACAGGGGCUUCAGUGGAUGGAGAAAGCAAGCCUAGGCCAUCACUAUAUUCUCUACAAAACUUCGAGGAGAUAGAGGCAGAAGACUGUGAGAAAAUGAGCAAUAUGGGAACUCUGAACUCUUCCAUGCUACAUAGGAGUGCAGAGUCCUUAAAAAGUCUGAGUUCAGAGUUGUGUCCAGAAAAAAUCAUGCCUGAAGAGAAGCCAGUACAUCUGCCAGUGCUCCGAAGAUCCAAGUCUCAAUCCAGACCACAGCAGGUCAAGUUUUCGGAUGAUGUCAUCGACAAUGGAAGCUAUGACAACAUUGAAAUUCGGCAGCCUCCAAUGAGUGAGAGGACUCGGAGGCGGGUUUACCAUUUUGAAGAGAGGGGAUCUAGGUCCCACCACCAUCGCCGCAGGAGAAGUAGAAAAUCCCGCUCUGAUAAUGCCCUGAAUCUUGUCACAGAAAGAAAAUAUUCUCCCAAAGACAGACUGCGGCUUUACACUCCUGAUAACUAUGAGAAAUUUAUACAGAAUAAAAGUGCCCGGGAGAUCCAAGCAUACAUCCAGAAUGCUGAUCUCUAUGGACAGUAUGCCCAUGCCACAUCUGAUUACGCACUGCAGAACCCAGGAAUGAACAGGUUUCUGGGGCUCUAUGGUGAAGAUGAUGAUUCCUGGUGUUCCUCCUCCACUUCCUCCUCUGACUCAGAAGAAGAAGGGUAUUUUCUUGGACAACCAAUUCCUCAACCCCGGCCACAGAGAUUUGCCUACUACACAGAUGACCUUUCUAGUCCAACUUCUGCACUUCCUACCCCUCAGUUUGGUCAGAGGACAACUAAAUCCAAGAAGAAAAAGGGACACAAGGGCAAAAAUUGUAUCAUUUCUUAACUGAGUAGCUGUGGAGAUCAAUUGUUUAAAACUUAGCCAUUAACCUUUGGAAUCUUAUCUUUUUUCUUCCAUAGGAAAGUUGCUAAAAUAGUUUAAAGUGCUUUCUUCUCCCAUGUAAAUGAGAACCCUACUGCUGUUUACAGUGUCAGAUUAACAGUUGAAAGGUGUGAUUUCUCCAGUUUACCCUCCUUGGAUGGUGCCAGGUUAACGUGACAUGUGACAUCGGUGCCUGUAGCAGGUGCAUUACACUUUCAAAUAGCUGCUUUGGUCUCCAAUCCACAAGAGAAUACUCAAACUCUCGAGAGGUGACUGGACCGGGGUGUCCAUUUAGAAGAUGGAGAACUCCAGCCACCUUUGUAAAGCAAUAGUGUUUGUCUUUAUGUACGUCAGGUUGGCUCAGGUCCUGACCAGUCUGUCUUGUUGUGAGGCAUGCACUUGUCACAGUGACCUAGCUAAUACUGUGCAUCCUAUUGUGUGAGGCCAACUUGUCCCCUUUCAGCCCUUAUUAGCCAGGUAAACAUUGUAUUGUAUUAGCUCCAGCUCCAGAUUGAAAAAGAAAAUUGCUAUUUAUAAUGUAGUAUUUCAUAGACGUAAGUGUAUUCCUAAUUUAACGGUGCAAAUAUUAAUGUAUAUACUGUACAGUUCAGAUUUUAAAGCUGAUAUUUUUAUAUCCCUGAAUUGCAAGAUGUUUGUUACACUGCAGUGCUAGAUUUAUUAGGGAACCAGAAAUAGCAUUUAUGGAUGAAAUGAUUGCUUGUAUUUUAGUCAGGGUUUAUAAGUUUUAGAUGGUUAAAUUUAUAUUGCCUAGUGAUGGAAAGUUUAAUUUUUUUGAUUUUCAAUAUUAAAAAGGCUCUGUAUGCAUGGUGGGGCUAUGUAAAUACUCUUUAAAACUAUGGCCCUAUUAAUCUUACGAGUGUUAUUUAUGGGUCAAGCAAUGUAAACUGUAUAAAUGUAUAAACAAACAAAAACCCACACAUACCCCUGGAAUAUAUGGUAAAAACAAGUAGAUGCUGUCUGGGUGAAUGUUUUUCCCUGGGGGUCAGGUAGGGUGUCUUUCCCAUUCUUGGCAAGGUGAUGAUUAUCUCAUGAGAAGAGUCUAGAACUACAAGGAUCUGCUUUUUCUGGAAGAGGUCUUUGUAGAUUUGUUAUUUGAAGAGAGGUGACUCCUUUUUUUCUUCCCCUCCAGCUAACUUGUUGGCCUUUGAAAGCAAUUUUGAAAACUGGGACUUCUAGUUAUUUUUCUUUUAAAAUCUUUAGAGGAUGCUGUGACACUGAGUACUUCAAGUUCAUAUGAGGUUCUAGUUCAAGGAAAAAUUAUGUUGGGUUUGAACUAAUGAGCGGAUAUUUUGAUAUGUGCCAUUCUUGCAUAUAUAUCUCAGUCUAAUUAAAGGUCUUGGUGGCAUCUGGGGCCUUUUAGGGAGGUAUUUAAUAAAUGCUUAAUAAAUAACAAACUACCUUUCUGAAUACAAGUCUUUAUAAACAUCCAGUUAACUUCUUCUUUGGUCCUGUGUUCCAAUUUGUCUUAUUCUGCAGUCCUUCUACCAUGAAUAGACCUCCAUUUUACUUAUGCAUGUCCACAUGUCCUCAUUAGCAGGUAGGAGAUAAGACUUGGGACACCAAAACAUAUGUUUCCAUAUUUAUCAGACCAGGGAAAAGCUAUGAAGUUUUGAGGAGGCCAGAUACAAUCCAAUAGGUAAACCAGUGGGCAAACAGCCUCCCUGUCUCCUCGCUGGAUAGGGCAAGGCUUUGUAUCUAGGCCUUAAAGACUUCCUUCAGAAAAGCACCAAUGGGAGGAGAACACUUUACUACUCCAUUUGAAAA